GUCAAGCACGCUCAGUCCUUUCUCGUACUCGCACACCUGUGUAUCUAAGCGCGACCGGAGCACUCGUAACGAAAGAGAAACUGCAGUCAUUGUCGCCGUUGCCUAAUCAUGCACAAGAAAUGACAUAAGACAAGACCCGAUUCAGCACACGUGUUCUGUUCCGGAAUCUAUCCAACUGUUUUCGAGUCAUUUUGUUCCGUCGCCGUCGUUGGAUCCUCGAGGAUAGGAGAUGAUGGUGACAUACGUUAAUUUUUUGGUGUUCCUGCUGACCCUCGCGGUUAUAUGCUCCGCUAAAGUGGGACCGAAGGUCAAGUGUUUCCCUGAUAAGAUGAGGGUGGAGGUGCCUAUUGUACCAUCCAACACGAAGCAGGUUUACUUGGAAGGGCUCAAGAACUACCCCGAUCCAGCUUGUCGUCCACACACAGACUCUACUGGAAACCUAGCUGUGCUAGAGCUUGAUCUUAGAGACGUGUACCGUUGCGCUGUCACAAGAGUAGUCAAUGAAAAGACGGGAAAACAAAUCUUCUACCAGACAUUGGUGGUCGAAGGCGAGGAGAAAACGGAAGACGGUCAGUCGAAGAAGACCAGAGAAACGAUCCACGUGAAAUGCUCCAUCUUAUCCCUGAGAAACCACACCGUGUCGCGUAGGAGCGUCCUCCCUGCGGGAUUCCAGGAACCCGAGGAUUUGGAAAUAACCAAGACAGUUACCGAGGUGGCCCCCGAACCCAUCCUUGGGGUGGGCGUGAGACAGGCAGGUAAACUGGUUACCGGGGAACUUAACGUCUCCCCUGGCACCCCGCUUCAGAUGGAGAUCUUCCUCGACAAGGUUUCAGCUGCCAUCUACGGCAUCCUGGUCACACAUAUGCAGGUCACCGAUACCAAAUCCCAGGAGGAAACCAUCAUUUACAAUGGGUGCUCCGUGGACCCUUACCUCUUCGAGAAUUUCCAGACGGAGGACGGGGACUUCCUGACCGCCAAAUUCAGGGCCUUCAAGUUCCCCGAGUCGACUUACGUCCAAUUUAAGGGAACGGUGAACGUUUGCCUGAACAAGUGCCAAGGGGUGGAGUGCAGCGACGGGCAGAUAGGCUACGGUCGCAGAAGGAGAUCCCUGCCCACCCUCCCAGCAGAUCCCAACAAGAUCUUCGAGAUCACCAUCACCUCCUUCAUCAAGGUCAACUACGACGACGAAUCCGAGAACUUCGAGGCGUUGAUCAAGAACCAGACCAAGAUCUUCGAGAAGGGCUCGGUCAGCAAGCUCCAAACGCGCAACAUGGAAGACAGGCGGUUCUACGAGACGGUGCAGAAUCAGGAACAGGCGGAGAACACACCGCUGCUGAUCCAGAAGGAGCAAGAACAGUACAUCACGGUUACCGAUCAUCUCUCGGACUCGGCCGUCUCGACACUCGGAAACGUCGUCGCUGUCCUGAUUUGUCCCGCUUUGCUCCUGCUGAGAAUUUGAGGGGGACACUUCGACGACGGCGUCAGUUUUUUUUUGAACGAUCGGAAAGGUUGGCGUCGUCGCCUGUGCAAUGAUACUUUUGUAUAUUUCACGUAAGGUAUAAAACGUCAGGAUGGAAUUACAGCGAGAGUGGGGCUUCAGGAACAUGGUGGGGGUCUUCUUCUUGCUCCUCAUUCCAAUGAAACAUUCAUUCAUCGGAAAUUGACCUGGGAUAAGUGAAGAGAUACUCCGAGUCACAUAGAUGAUAAACAGUAAAUGAAAUGGAGCAAGAGGAAGUCUUUCCAUUAAAAAAAAAUUAAUAUUCCCUCUCAUAAAGAUUACUUAAAUCCACCGAUGCUUCCUGAAGACCCACAAAAAUAAUCAAAGUCUGUGAUAACUCCCCACAUAGAGCGAUACUUGGUAUCAUUUUUUCGGUAUAAGUUCAAGAGCUCAAUUUAACAAUUAGCAUUAUACUUUUAAUUCACUAUCUAACUUAGGCUUCCUUACUGAUUUCCCUCGAAUUAGGUUAAUGUAAAUAUUGCAAGGAUAGAGUUUAGUUUUUCAAUUUUUACCAGUGAAUAGGAUAAAAUGAUCUUCUGAUACCACGCACCAUGGUGUCAACCGGAACCGGAAAGAUUAUCCCCCUUCUUGAUAGAUAGGCACCCCCUUUGUUGACGAAAACUUACGAAUUCCUCUCCAUUUCACACGUAUAAAUCUCCUUCUGGACGUUUUCCAUUCAAAUUCAGAGAUACCACGUCAAUAGCUACGACGAAAAGAUGAAAAAUCCGAUGAUUUAUAGGGAAAAUUCGGGGAUGAGCCGUUUGGAUCCCCAUUCGCGAUUUGAGGAUGAUUUUUCACCCUGUCAUUGUGUUUCAGAGUAUUCAUUUCUUAGCGCUGUUUUUAUGGAUAGUUCAUACUGCCACUUUACACUGACCUCUCAGUUGUACUCGCUAGCUUGCGUAAUGUAUAAUUGCUUUUUAAUUAUGAAUUAACAAUGUAACUAGUCUGUAUCAAUUACUGUAAUAAAUUUUAUAGUAACGUAA